GUGCGCUCUGAGCCGUCUGUCCUGCGCCAAGGGAGCGUACCUUGGCCUUGAGAGGUUCAGCUGCCUAACCCGGAGGCUACGCAGAGUUAGAGAAGCCAGAGUCCAAGCCAAGAACUCUGACUCCACAUCCAGUCCCUUCUCUCCUUUAUAACUCAAGUUUCCUUGCACCACACUUGUCCUCCACGUUAUGCUGUACAUGAGGCAACAGGGAAACUGAAAAGAGAUCAUACGGUGGUGAUUGAAAUUGUAUGGAACUCGCGGGUCAGACAUUUCCCAUUUCCAGUGUCAGAUGCUUCAAAGUAUCAUUAAAAACGUAUGGAUCCCCAUGAAGCCCUACUACACCCAAGUUUACCAGGAGAUUUGGAUAGGAAUGGGGCUGAUGGGCUUCAUCGUUUAUAAAAUCCGGGCUGCUGAUAAGAGAAGUAAGGCUUUGAAAGCUUCGGCGCCUGCUCCUGGUCAUCACUAACCAGAUUUACUUGGAGUACGUGUGAAAGAAAACGUCAGUCUGCCUGUAAAUUUAAGCAAGCCGUGUUAGAUGGGGAGCGUGGAACGUCGCUGUACACUUGUAUAAGUACCGUUUACUUCAUGGCAUGAAUAAAUGGAUCUGUGAGAUGCACUGCUACCUGGUACUGCUUUCAAUGUGUUCCCCCUCAGCCCCCUCAGGUGUGUCAAAUUAUCUACAUACUCUGAGUAGAUAAUUUGUCAUGCAGCAGAUGCAAUCAAUCUCACUGAGCCACCCAUCAUUGUGAAAUAAUUAUCUCAGUUGUCACAGGAGUUGGUGAUCAGGAUCCAGGCACUCACUUGGAUUCUACUGCUCAAUAAACGUUUAUUAAACUUGAUCCUGCUACUUA